AUGUUUCGGAAAAAACUAAUUUUUCCCGAAGAGAUGGAAGCAUUCGAGGAGCUUAAGGAUGAUCUGCUACGCAUCCAUGCCACGAUUAAGGUAUUCACAGAGCAGAUACGUGUUGAGGCGAAGACUCGAUGUGUUCUAAUUAAUGAUACGCUUGAAAAGCUCAAUGUCAAAUACUUUGAGACAUUGGAGCUUUUCAGCAAAAUUGAGAAAUUGAAAUAG